AUGGCUUCAACUUCAAACCAGGCUUCAGCUUCAACUUCAAACAAGGAGGCAAAGAUGCUAACACUGCAGAGCUCCGAUAACGAGGAGUUUUUGGUGGAAGAAUCGGUGGCUGUCCAGUCCGUGCUGAUCAAGAACAUUGUGGAGGAAGACUACACCACGAUUCCGUUACCGAACGUCGCCGGCGAAGAUUUGGCCAUGAUCAUAGAGUAUUUGAAGAAGCAUGCAGACCCAAAGGCUUCCGAGGAUGACCUGAAAAAGUUUGAUGAUAAGUUUGUGGACAAACCCCAGUCCGACCUCCAUUACCUCUCGCUGGCGGCAAACUAUCUCGAGCUCAAGGAUUUGCUCGACAUUGUUUGUACGAGAAUCGCCAGCGAUAUCCGAGGUUACACUGUGGAGCAGUUUCGCGCCAGAUUUAAUAUCGAAAAUGAUUUCGCUGAUCAGGAAGAGAGGGUUCUUCGCAAUGAGUACCCUUGGGCCUUCGAGUAGUGCAAUUUGUUUGUUUUUUGCUUUUUUUUUUUUUUUUUUUUUUUUUCUACUUAAAUUUAAUGUAGUUUUUCUUAUUGCAGUGAGAAACGAUUCAUGGUUUUAUCCAUCUCUAAAUUUUUAUUAAUUGAAUCAUUAAUUACUUAUGGAAUUGGUCUGUGGAAUUGAUUGAAGAAAUACAACAUGACUAGCUAUUUGCUUUUGGUAUUUCUUUUCAAUUACCCUUUUUCUUUUUUUUCUUGUUUGAUAUAUCAUACACACAAACUUCUUCGUCUACCACUUUGGAAGAAGUAUUCUUUUCAAAUACUCAUGAAAAUUGUUUGUUUCAAAUGCUGAUUUUUUCUUUUAUAUAUAUAUAUAUUCUUAGAGCACUUGAUUACCUAGAAGUAAUACGAGCCCUUAAUAAUAAAAUAGUUUAUUUUAAAUUUUUUUUUUUUAAUUUGAUAUAUCAUACACACAAACUUCUUCGUCUACCACUUUGGAAGAAGUAUUCUUUUCAAAUACUCAUGAAAAUUGUUUGUUUCAAAUGCUGAUUUUUUCUUUUAUA